GCCACUGAGCACAUCACAAAGAUCUCCACUCCUCCUUCGCUACUUCCUACUCAUUAGAGCAGACACCGGAGCUUUUGUGCACAUGAUUCUCGCGUCAUUUGUUUCCACCGGACACUCUUUGAAAUCAGUGAGAAGUGCAUCAGGAUUCCUCAAUUUUCUUGUUCAGUCUCCUAGCCGCUGUUUUCUCAAGUUUUCUUCCUGCUUCUGUUGUGCAGUGUGUGUGUAUUUGUGGCACCUAGGUUGGUGAAGAGAGCGAACUUUGUUGCUCAAUUCUCGCUGAUUCAAGGAUGGUGACUGCUAACAAGCCGAACCGCAGCGAGGAGAUAGGCACUCCUGAGGAGCAAGGGCAGCGUGCCCAAGAAGUUCGCGCUUACCUCGACGCCAACGCGCCAAGGCGACCACUCAAGCCCUCCCGAAGCGACGCUGCCGACAUGCUUGCUCAAGUCGAAAGCAAUCAUACUGUAGUAUCCGACCCGCCGGAGCAGAAAAAGUUCCUUCAGCUUCUCGCAAACGGUGUUCCUCUCGAAAUGCUGGGCAAUGCAGAAGUGGAUGAAGAUUACACUGAAAGCGAGUACUACCAAUACAAGUCUGCCAUUGACAAGGCCCAUCACACGACAGGUAGUGGCUUCAUUAAAAUUGAAAAAACUCCACAGGGCUUUCAUCUUUCCACAAAUCCGCAAUCUUAUCAUACCCGGGAGCACCACCGAUGCAAUCCUGCCAUGAACGACUGGGAGCCUGCACCGAACUCUAGCGAGUCCAUUUCCAACAAGCCAUUGCGAAGUGAAUCUAUGGACUCGUGAGUGUCACACUUCGGAAUUGGAUUUUUUAUUUACUUGUGUGUUCUCACCUAAAGCUGUAGACUCGCUUGCAAGCUUUCCAUGUGCAUGACUUCCUCCAGUGUGGUUUCCUUAGUGUGAGCCCUAGUGGCUGUCAUUGUAUGGAAACUCAAAAAGCUUGGAAUCACAACUACAAGACUGAAAACAUGAGAGCAUUCAAGUGUUGUGUAUUCGGUUGUUAAUGUGAUAGUUUCGGAAGAAUGUUGCAUGGUA